UCAAUUUGACAUUUCAAUUGAUUGCAUUUUGUAGCCUAUGUUUUAACAAGAAUUUCUUUAAAAUUGUAGAAUAAUUGGUGGAAAUGUUGACUAAGUUCGAGACAAAAUCGGCUCGGGUGAAGGGUAUAUCCUUUCACGCCAAACGGCCAUGGGUAUUAGCGAGUUUGCACAAUGGAGUGAUACAGCUAUGGGAUUACCGUAUGUGUACUUUGCUGGAGAAGUUUGAUGAACAUGACGGGCCUGUACGUGGCAUUUGCUUCCACAUCCAACAACCCCUCUUCGUCUCUGGAGGUGAUGACUAUAAAAUUAAGGUUUGGAACUACAAACAAAGACGAUGCCUGUUUACUCUGCUUGGCCACUUGGAUUAUAUACGAACAACAUUCUUCCAUCAUGAAUACCCAUGGAUCUUAAGUGCUUCCGAUGAUCAGACCAUUAGAAUAUGGAACUGGCAAUCCCGCCAAUGCAUCAGUGUGCUCACCGGCCACAACCACUAUGUCAUGUGUGCUCAGUUCCAUCCCUCGGAAGAUCUGCUUGUGUCAGCUUCUUUGGACCAGUCCGUGCGGGUUUGGGACUUCUCCGGGUUGAGGAAGAAGAGUGUGGCACCGGGGCCCAGUGGCUUGGCUGAGCAUUUGAGGAAUCCACAGGCCACAGACUUGUUUGGACAGGCUGAUGCAGUCGUGAAGCAUGUGUUGGAGGGACACGAUCGCGGAGUCAACUGGGCCUCGUUCCACCCUUCCCUGCCGCUCAUUGUGUCUGCCGCUGACGACAGACAGGUCAAACUGUGGAGGAUGAAUGAUGCCAAGGCGUGGGAGGUAGACGCGUGCCGUGGCCACUACAACAACGUGUCGUGCGUUUUGUUCCACGCGCGACACGAGCUGAUCCUGUCCAACAGCGAGGACAAGUCCAUCCGCGUGUGGGACAUGACUAAGCGGGUCUGUCUGCACACCUUCCGCAGGGAGACUGAGAGGUAUUGGGUGCUGACGUCGCACCCCACGCUGAACCUGUUCGCGGCGGGGCACGACGCCGGCAUGAUCCUGUUCAAGCUGCACCGCGAGAGGCCCGCCUACGCUGUGCACAACAACCUGCUGUUCUACAUACAGGACAGACAACUCCGCAAACUGGACAUGUCUACGAACCGCGACUCCCCGGUAAUGCAGAUCAAGGGAAAUUCCCGCCACCAACCUUACAGCAUGUCGCUGAACCACGCGGAGUGGUGCGUGCUGGUGACGUGGCGCGCGGGCGAGAGCUGCUCGUACGAGCUGUACAGCGCGCGCGAGGCGGGUGUGAGUGAGGCGGCUGCGGAGCCUGCGCGCGGCGCCGCCGUCAGCGCCGUCUGGGUCGCCAGGAACCGCUUCGCCGCGCUCGAGAAGAACAACCAGUUGGUGAUCAAAAACCUAAAGAACGAAGUGUCGAAGAAGAUCUCCACUCCGCAAUGCGAAGAGAUUAUGUACGCGGGCACUGGAAUGCUGUUGCUCAGAGAACCGGACUGUGUGCAACUCCUUGAUGUGCAGCAGAAGAGGACCAUUGCCCAGGUGAAAGUAGCGAAAUGCCGCUACGCCGUGUGGAACUCGGACAUGUCUCUGGUGGCAUUGUUGGGCAAGCACACGGUGACGCUGUGCACCAAGAAGCUGGAGCAGCUGUGCAGCAUCACAGAGGGCGCCAGGGUCAAGUCCGGGGCGUUCGACGACUCCACCCCCCAGCCCGUGUUCAUAUACACCACGGCGAACCACAUCAAGUACUGCUGCAAGGACGGUGACUACGGUAUAAUUCGAACCUUGGACGUUCCGGUUUACGCGGUGAAAGUGUUGGCCAGUGAGACCGCAGCCAGGGUGGUCUGUCUCGACCGGGAGUGCAGGCCUAAGGUGCUCAACAUCGACCCUACUGAAUAUAGGUUCAAAUUGGCGUUGGUGACCCGUCAGUACGACCAAGUGCUCCACAUGGUGAGGACGGCCAAACUUGUGGGACAGAGCAUCAUUGCUUACUUGCAAGAUAAAGGCUACCCAGAGGUAGCGCUCCACUUCGUAAAAGACCCCCGCACUCGCCUGUCGCUGGCGCUGCAGUGCGGCAACAUCGAGGUGGCGCUGGAAGCCGCCAAGAGCUUGGACGAGACCGAUGCUUGGGACCAGCUGGCGCAGGCGGCGCUGGCUACCGGCAACCAUCAGAUCGUAGAGAUGUGCUACCAACGCACGAAGAACUUCGACAAGCUGUCGUUCCUGUACCUCAUCACCGGCAAUCUGGAGAAACUGCGCAAGAUGAUGAAGAUCGCCGAGAUAAGGAAGGAUGUGUCUGCGCAGUUCCAAGGGGCGUUGCUGUUGGGAGAUAUCAAGGAGAGGAUUCGCCUCCUGACCAAUGCUGGACAGCUAUCCCUCGCGUACCUAACAGCCAUCAACCAUAAACAAGACGAAGACGCAGAGAAACUAAGAGAAUCGUUGGAAGCGGCCGGCCUCGCUAUACCGGAAGCGAGCGGCGCGACGGAAGUACUGCGGCCGCCAUUGCCGGUACAGCGUGCGCAGGGGAACUGGCCUUUGUUGGCUGUUUCCAAGAGUUUCUUCGAAGUGGCUGGCAACGCGCGCGCGGCUGAUUCAGCUGUUGGCGUCGCGUCUGCGAUCGUCGAUGACGAGCCUCUGGAGGCUGGCGGCGCCUGGGGCAAUGACGAUGACCCGCUGGCUGAGGAUGGGGAGGAAGGUGAAGCUCCCGCGGUAGACCCUGAGGACGCGUGCGAGGACGGCGGCUGGGACGUCGGCGACGACGACCUCGACUUGCCCGAGGAGCUGGCGCCAGUUUCUGCGGACAUGGACAGCGGCGGCGACACGCAGUACUUCGCGGCGCCGACGCGCGGCGCACACGCGGCUGCGGCGCUGCGCACGGCGCACGAUCACGUCGCCACGGGACAGUUUGAGAUCGCUUUCAGACUGCUGAACGAGCAAGUGGGCAUAGUGAAUUUUGAGCCGUACCUAGAAACCUUCAUGUGUAUGUUCGCGAGCGCGCGCGCCAGCUUCGGCGCGCUGGCGUCGCUGCCGCCGCUGUGGGCGCGUCUGCACCGCAACUGGAAGGAGGCCAGCGGGAAACAUCUACUGCCUGUUGUCACUGCAAAACUGAACGACCUCGUGAUACAACUGCAGCAGUGUUACCAACUGACGACCGCCGGGAAAUUCACCGAAGCCAUUGAGAAACUUCAGCGUAUCGUGCAAACCGUUCCUUUAUUGAAUGUCGAGGCUAAGACCGAGUUGACUGAAGCCCAGCAACUGCUGAAUAUAUGCCGAGAAUACCUGCUCGGGUUGCAGAUGGAGACUGCCAGGAAAGCAAUGCCCAAAAACACCCUGGACGAGCAGAAGCGCACGUGCGAAAUGGCCGCAUACUUCACCCACUGCAAACUGCAGCCGGUCCACCAAAUACUGACUUUACGGACGGCACUGAACAUGUUCUACAAGUUGAGGAACUUCAGAACUGCGGCCUCGUUUGCGCGCAGACUCUUGGAGUUAGGCCCGAGGCCUGAGGUCGCUCAACAAGCCAGGAAGAUUCUACAGGCGUGCGAAAAGACACUAACAGACGAACACCAACUCCUAUACGACGAGCACAAUCCGUUCAACAUCUGCGGCAUCAGCUACAAGCCCAUAUAUCGAGGGAAGCCGGAGGAAAAAUGCUCACUUUGCAGCGCCAGCUUCAUGCCCGAACACAAAGGAAAGUUGUGUACCGUAUGCGGGGUUGCCGAAAUUGGUAAAGACGUCCUCGGGCUCCGGAUUUGUCCCUUACAGUUCCAGAGAUAGUACGAGGACGACAAGUAUAGGGCAAUGCUGCAUUAUAUUAUGGACUAUUAUAAGGUUAGAAAGUAAAUAAAUGUAUACUUCGA